UGAUAAAUGUUGUUCAUCAAAUGAUGCUCUUGAUAGUGAGAGAAGCGCUGAGUUUCAUGGUGUUUCUUGCAGGAAUAAGAUAAGAAAUAAAGGAUCCUUCAAAAUUUUGAAGGGGUAGUCAUCUUUUAGUCUACUUGAUGAGCUUAAAUUCAUAGAUUCCUUGACGUGGAGAAAAGGUCAAAAUCAAAUUUAUAUGAGCCUUAAUAGUUGUGGGAGGACCAAUCAUUUGAAAAAGUUUAAGAGAGGCUCGAAAGAUGGGAAGAGAAAGAGAGCAGUUAAAUUUAGGGUGCUGGAUGAACCCUUUCCUCCUAAAGUUUCUUUUCGACACUGUCACAUAGAUAAUGGUAGUCCUCGGUUGCCCUCUCAUUCUUCAAACGAUCGGGAUGCCCUCACUCUCUCAGGCUUAGAACCACAUGGGCCUACUCAUUUGACUCAACCAGGAGAACUAGCUUCAUCUAAAAUAGUUUCUCAGAAAAGAGAUUUGUAUGGUGUGUGUAAUGAUCAGGAUGGUGAGGAUCAUCAAUUGAAAGGUGAUGGCAGGUUUGGUAAAAUCCUUGAAGUUUCAGGUAGAAAAAAGUUAAAGAAGGCUUGGGCUUAUGAUUCCUUUGAGAAUUUAGGGGUACCAAAGCCUCUUACAACUGUUGAGAAAACUUCUAAUAGCAAUUCUAUACACUGCAUAAAGGCAUUUUCUAGUCUUGAGGUGACUGUAAGAAAGCUAGGCCGUGGAGAAUAUGGUGAAAUCUGCAGUGGAAAGUUAGCCAUGGAUGAAUUGAGGCCUGCAAAAAUUGUUCCUCUUAGCAGGAUUCUUAAAAACAUGGAACAAUUUACCCUUCGAAGGAGCUGUUAACCCAAAAGUACUUUGAGGAAGUUGAAGAAGAAAAGAACAGCUAGGAGCAUUGCACACUUUGAUUUAUCUUCUUGUUUGAAGAAAGAGGAAGAAAAUGGUGGUCAUCAUGUUUCAUUCUUUCAUGAAGUAGGUGGCUGUCUUGUUGAAGAAGGCAAGAAGACAUGUCUGGGUGGAAUUAAACAAUUAGAUAAUAAGUCCUUUGUCUUGGAGAAAGGGAUGAAUGAUAGAAGCGAGAAAAAUUAUUAUGUUCCAGAUGCUAUUACUUAUAGUCAGUUGAACACAAGAUGUAAGAAAAUUCGCAAACGCAGCCUGUAUGAGCUAACGGGAAAAAGUAAAUUUCAAUAAGGAUUUCAUAGUAGUUGCAUCCUAACAAUAUAAAUUUUUCCUUAUAUUUUGAUGGGAAGGGAAGGAUACUGUGGGUGGUGUUAAGGAUUGAUUCAAAUUUGUCUCAAGAAUAUGAACUUCAAUAGUUUUACCUUUUUAAUGCAUGGUAUUGCAAGGAAAGCAAAAGCUUUCAGCUAGAACUAAUACAUUUAUUUUUGGCUGUAUGCUCAUAGCAUAGUUUGUAUAUUUACAGUUGUUCAACCUAUUGUAUUGGCUUACAAUUGCAUUUCCUACUCUUAUUUGUAUUUUUGAACUUGGAUGCAAGCUCCUACAAGCUUAUUUGUAUGGUUUUGAUGAAGUAUCAAAUACCUGGAUCCAUCCUAUCCUCUCUUCC